CAAAUUUCUACCUUUUCUUUAGGUUCUAUUCUUUCUUUCUUCCUUUUACUUUUCAGUUCUUUGCCAUUGACCUGCAGGAUGGCCAAGCGCAGCAAGUUGCUCCAGGCUUUGGACGACCACAAGGGUCGCGACUACGCCGCCGAGAAGCAGAAGAAGCUAGUCAAGGCCGCGGAGAAGAAGAAGGCCGCGAAGAAGGCUGCUGCCCAGGAUAGCGACGAGGAAGUGCAAGUCAAGAAGAAUGUCGAAGAGGCCAAGGUGAACAAGGAAGCCGCCGCCAGCGACGACGAAGACGACGAAGAGGACGAAGACUUUGUCGCCGAAAACGAGGAGGACGACGACGAAGAGAUGGAGGAAGAUGAGGAAGAAGAAGACGAAGACGAAGACAUCGCCCUCUCCGACCUCUCCGACGCCGAAGCAGAAGAUGUAGUCCCCCACCAACGCCUGACGAUCAACAACUCCGCCGCGAUCAACGCCUCCCUCAAGCGCAUCUCCUUCAUCUCGCACCUGACGCCCUUCUCCGAACACAACUCGCUCGUCUCCACCGAGCCCGUCGACAUCGAGGACCCCAACGACGACCUCACCCGCGAGCUGGCCUUCUACAGAGUCUGCCAGUCUGCCGCUGCCACCGCCCGCGGUCUGCUCAAGAAGGAGGGCACCCCCUUCACCCGUCCCGGCGAUUACUUCGCUGAGAUGGUCAAGUCCGACGAGCAUAUGGGUCGCAUCAAGAAGAAGCUUUACGACGAAGCUGCCGCCAAGAAGGCCUCCGCUGAAGCCCGCAAGCAGCGUGAUCUGAAGAAGUUCGGCAAGCAGGUGCAGGUUGCGAAGCUGCAGCAGCGCCAGAAGGAGAAGCGUGAGACUUUGGAGAAGAUCAACACUUUGAAGAAGAAGCGCAAGACCGACUCCUCCGGCCCAACAGACGACUCCAAAGACCUCUUCGACGUCGCCAUCGAAGACGCCGCCGCCCAGCCCGCCCGCAAGCGCGGCCGCGACGGUGACUCCUCCGCCACCAACCACAAGCGCCAGAAGAAGAACGAGAAGUUCGGCUUCGGCGGCCGCAAGCGCCACGCCAAGAGCGGCGACGCUGUCUCCAGCGGUGACCUGCGGAACUUCUCCGCGAAGAAGAUGAAGGGGGGUGCGAAGAGACCCGGUAAGAGCAAGCGGGCGGCUGCGAAGGGGCGUGGGUAAAUGAUUUAAUACCUUAAGUCUUUUUUUCUUCACUUUGUGUAUCCCUUAUCUAUCUGUUAUGUUUUAUCUUAUAUGUUAUGUUCUGCAUGGGGUUUCAAAAUCGGUUUCGUUUGGGCUCUGAAAAAGAAAAAUUUGUCUGUUAUGUUCUUUCUUCUUUUCCUUUUUUUGGUGGUCGAUUGUCAUAGAUGUAUGUGUAGUCACUGUGGCUGGCUGGG